AUGUCGAGGCAGGAAGCAACGUCCAACCUCUUUGAGCAUGAUAUUAUAACUGACACACAGUGCCAUCUUCAGGAACAUCUUAAUACUAGCGCAAGUUCUCAAUAUGUGGCUGCUUGUGAUAAAAGCAUCACAUCAACCAACUCAAUUGUGACGUUACAGUUGCAUUCCCGGUCUGAAAACUCCCUUAAACCCGAGUUUACACAAUGCUUCACAACCAAAGAAAAUGUUUGGUCGCCACCUCCUCCAGAAAGACAAGACUCGCUAGAGCCUAUCAUCCUAGAAGAGGAGGGCCUUAAAGAAGCUGCUUGGUUCCAAGCAGGGAUUCCUAGAGAAAUUGUUCAAGAGCUCUUAGCCAAUGAGCCUGUUGGAUCAUUUAUGGUGCGAAAAAGUACAAGAUAUCGGUGUAGCGAAAUCAUUAAACGAUAUAAAUCCCAAUGGCACAAUAUUUCUAAGAUAGGAGACGUCAUUGCUCUUCAGACUCCUGAAAUACACAACAAGCUAAUCUCGAGUAAUGACCUCAUCCACAAAGUAAAGGAUAUGGGUUUUACGAAAGAAUUUACCACUCUCUCAGCCUUAAUCACCCACCAUUCAGUUAUGCCUGAAUUGCUACCUUGUUUGCUGUCUUUAUCUCGACGUAACGCUAUCUGGAGUAGGCUACGUUACUCCGAAGAGCUUGUAAACAUUGAUCAAGAUCCUUCUGUUAAUUUAACAGACCUUAGAAGGACAUUGGCAAACCUACAUAUAUGA